AUGGACAACGGGCUUCGGCCCUAUAGACCUCUACGAUGCGACAAUCAGAAUAGACAGCGAAGUGGUAGGAUGAGAGAGAUCUGUCACCAAGGUCAAAGUCAAAGGAUGGUGAAGUUUCGUAACACAAAACAUAACGCGUGGCCUCCGAGAAAGGGUGAACUUGUCGAUGAAUGGUCCCGCAAGAAUAGUCAGCGUUCUGGGGUCCCAGGUGUCCACGAAAAUCAACAGUGCAAGAGCCAAGGAAUGCAGGAUCAGCACGGAGUUGGCACUUACACCACCAGUUUGAAACGAAGAUAG